GGAGGUGAUUAUCUGCUGAUUGUUUUCUCCUCCGCAAAAGCGACGACUCUGACGCAUCUCCUAGGGUUACGCUCAACGAUGGAGAUCCUUCCGCGCCUCCUGGAUUUAUACAUUCGUUGAGAAAGGUUCAUUUCGGAUUCGAUCGAUUUUCGCUUGCAGGAUAACUGAAUUUGAUUCACAGAAGUUUGACUCCUUGAAGAAUUAUUGGGGAAAAACCAAAAAAUUGGAGACUUUGUGAGUCGGAGAGCAUCGAAGGAUGUAUUCGGUGCCUUCCAGCAACGUGAUUCUGGUCACGCGCCUCCACGUAUCCUCCUUCUAUGGCGGCUCGUCAUCGCACCGUCGGAAAAAUCUUCAGAAAAGCGAUCGGCGUGGUAAUCUUAGCAGUUGACGUUUAGCUAGGAGAAGUAUUGGCUUGUUGUUAGAUUCGAUUUGUUGUUUUUCAUCGAUUUCUUCUUCUUCCGCUUGCUUUCUGUUUUGUCUGAGUUUGGACGAAGUGCUGCAAGUUCGCCUUUGGCCGUGGAGCUGAGAUUUUUGGAAGCUGAGGUAUCGCUGUUGGCAGAUCUGGUGUUUCUGUUGGAUAGGUAUUUGUUUAGAGUACUGAUAAGGAGCAUCUGUGUGCAAGGCGUUUGGCUCUUUCCUUCAGUUGCUCCUAUUGUAUAUGGAAGUUGCUGUACCUUGUGAUAAGUCAGCUGCUCGUCAACUAUCUAUAAGCAGCAGUGUUGGAACAUCAGUAGAGCUACGCAAUCCGAUUAAGUGCAGCUCCUCUGAUCUUUCUAUGAAUGAUCUAAAUUCGUGUUUUAUCAAAUGUCUGAGCAUCGAAGACCCUAAGAAUGCCUCAGGAAAGAAUGGAGUGAAGGAACAUGAAUGUGCAAACAUCGAUGAAAUUAGUUCCAGGAAUUCAUCUUCUGAAAAAUGCCUUUGCAAGUGUGUGACAUUUCCACUUCAUCAUGGCCCUAAAUCGUCUGAAAGUGUAUUCUUAGGUGAGGAAGAGAAGCGCGACGAACACAUAAGUGCUGAAGUUAAUGGCUUCACUAAGCCUUCUGAUCAGCACUUUCCGCGCUCCAAAUCCUUACCUGUUCCAUCGAAGCUUGCAUCUGCCUUGAAAGGCACCCGCGAAAAGCAGGGCUUAUCAUCGCCUAAGAAACUAUCGGUAUCAUGGGCCCCCAACGUGUACGAUCCAAUUCCUACGUCAGUGUCGCAUGUACCGUCGUCAUCAUCGUACACGAAUCAGCGCCACGGGAAAAAGUAUGGUAAGUAUAAGAAGGGUGGCGGAGGAGGAAAAUCCUCGCGGGGCAGCAAAGGUAAAGACAAGAAAUAUGGUCGGAAAAAUGGAGGGGAAUCGAGCAAAAUCAAGGCGUUACAUGGAGUCGGCUUUGGCCCGGCUCAGAUAGGUAGUAUUGUAGAAUACGAGGUCGGGAGCCCGAGAUUCAGCCCGAACCCGAACCCGAACUCGACAUGUGAAAGGAGUUUUCUGGAGAAUUCUGUGGGGAAGUUGCACUUUCCAGCUGCAGAGGCUACCUGACUGAAGGGCCUUAUUUUACUCUAAGUAAAUAAAUAAGAUAGAAUUUGUAGAGGAGAGGUUAGAGAUGCUAUAAGACUAUGAGUGAUAUGGCUUGCAAUGGAGGGACUUGGGAUGGUCUUCUUGUGAGUUUGGUUUUUUUUUUUUUUAAUAAUAAAAAUAAUAAUUUGGAACUAGGUCAUUAUGGUAAGUCAUACUAAGGAAGCCUGUUUGGCAGGAAUUGAUCCACCUGCGUAAAGUCGACUACCCAGUUUGGUUGUAUUUGUGUUAUCGUACGCCGUACCAAAAUGAGAAUUCUUUAAGCAUUUGUGUUAUGGUACGCUGUACCAUAGUGAGGGUCUUUUGGUCAGAAAUUUGUAAGUAUGUGUGUUAUGGUAAGCUGUAACAAAGUGAGAGGUUUUUCAGGGGUCGGAUUUGUAGCCAUGAAGUUAUGAAUUCAAACCCCCAACGCCUCAAGGCGUCUGUCACAUAUAGUUCGUCUAACGUAAUUUAUCUGUCGAAUCUAAUUUGCAAUA